AUGGCUGGAAAUUUUACAGUUCUCUCUUUGUUUUCCAAGUUAUCCCUUUUAUUCUUCAUCAAUUUGUUUCUUUCUCCACUCAUUGAGGGAAAACAUGGUUUUUCUACUCAUCUCAUACAUCGUGACACCCCAAAAUCCCCCCUUUACAAUCCUUCCAACUCCUACUUUGAAACGCUUAACAAAGCUUUUCAUCGAUCGUUCUCUCGAGCCGAGUAUUUCAAGAAAAGAAUCUCCCAGUCGCAUUCCAAGAGUUUAUCAGAUUCUUUUGAUGGAAUCCAGUCCCACAUCACAUCCAUCACUGGGGAGUACCUCAUCAAAGUAUCCAUCGGAACCCCACCUGUUGAUAUCCUAGCCAUUGCUGACACGGGCAGCGAUCUUACUUGGACACAAUGCAAUCCCUGCAGACAAUGCUAUGAGCAAAGUGCCCCUCUUUUUGAUCCAAGUAAAACUUCGAGUUAUCGAAAGUUAUCAUGCGAAUCUCUGUUGUGUACUGAAGUUGGAACUCAAACUUGUGAUUCUGAAAACAAUUGUGGAUAUAGAGUUUCUUAUGGAGAUCAUUCUUAUAGUAUUGGUGAUCUUUCUGCGGAAACUUUUACCUUUGAAUCAAGCUCUGGCGGAAGUGUAUCAAUUCCGAAAGUUGUUUUCGGUUGCGGGCACGAAAAUGAAGGCACUUUCAAUGAAAGUGCGUCCGGGAUAGUUGGACUUGGGGGAGGAUCAUUGUCUCUUAUCAAGCAACUGAGUGGAUCAAUCGGUGGCAGAUUUUCCUAUUGCUUAGUGCCUAAAGAUUCAGGAUCAGAUGCUUCAAGUAAGAUCAAUUUUGGUACAAAUGCUGUUGUUUCAGGCCCAACAGCAGUUUCAACUCCACUGAUCAAGAAAAAUCCAGAUACAUUUUACUAUCUCAAUCUAGAAGGCUUCAGCAUUGGAAAUACAAGGAUUUCAAACAAGGGUUUCUCCAAGUUGCAUAAUAUUUCCUCUACUGCUGUAGAAGAGGGCAACAUCAUAAUUGACUCUGGAACAACUCUAACUUAUGUCCCUCAGGAACUUUACCAAGAUUUGGAAUCACAACUUAGCAAAAUAAUAAGGGGCACACGGGUUUCUGAUCCACUAAGUAUCUUUGGCCUUUGCUAUAAGUCUGAAAGAAAUAUCGAGUUUCCCAAACUUGUUGCUCACUUUACUAAUGCAGAUAUAGUAUUGGCUCCAACCAGUACAUUUCUUGAAGUCUCCGAAGGCAUGAUUUGUUUGACUAUAGUUCCAUCAGAUGAACUUGCAAUUUUUGGGAACCUUCUGCAGAUAAAUUAUCUUAUCGGGUAUGAUCUUGUAAACGGGAAGGUCUCCUUCUUGCCUGCUGAUUGCACCAAAAAUUAG